AUGCCCAAGAGUCCUGGCGACAUUUUACAGGCUUCUAGCCUGAGCGAGGCGUCCUUGCUGGCUCCAGAUAGCUGGGUGCAGAUAGUUGAGGGAGAGGAGACAAAUUCCAUCGCUCCGAUAAAUGCAGAAGACGACGAUGGUCCAUCUGCUCGAGUAGCUUCCAAAAGGAAGAAGAAAUGGAUAUCCAGAACAAAUCUAAGGCCACGAGUUCCGAAGAAGAGAAUCCCAGCCGAUGUCCUGGAUCUUAAAACCACAUCGAAGGACUGCGAAAUCCUUACUUGCUUUAAUCCGGAAAGUGCCAAGUCCGGGACUGAACGGGACGAAAGACGAGGCAAGGUCGGAAGACCUCGACGUAAACCGAAGGCUAUCGAUCCAAUUAGGGCAGAGCAAGAAAUAUUAAAGCAGACGGGGCUUGCACCAGAGAAUAUUGGAGAUGAAGUCCUAAAUGCCAUGACUCCUUCGGAAAUCGGCGCCCAGGCACUGGAAUACACUGCAAGUAUCGAGAUGAUACGCACGAAAUGUGGGAAAAUCCAAGGUGGACUCAGCGGAGAGCUCCGCAAAAGACUUUGCGGCUUGGAAGAACUUAUAAGAGCCCUACAGGUACAAGCGGAAGCUACUGGAGAUCCUCUCACCUUACAGGCGAAGAUAGGUGAAUUAUUGGAAGAAAUGAGAGAAAUUAAGAAAGAAAGAGAUAGAGAAGAAGAGAGAAGGAAGAGGGAGUACAGCGAACUCCAAGAAAGAAUUCAGGAGUUGAAAAAAGAAAGGGAAGAAAUUCGUCGCGAAAAUAGAGAAAUUAAAAGAGCAAACAGCGAACUUAGAGACGAAAUUAGAGGAAUGAAUGAUAGACUCAAGAGGGAACUAACUCAGAUACGAGAAAGUAUAGACAGAGAAAGCGAGAAGAGGAUCUCACCAAGAUUCUCUAAAGCAGCACCAAGUGUAUCCAGUAGAUUAGAUAGAAAUUCCUCUACAUUAAGUAACUUGAAGAAAGGAAACUUAUCUACAAAAAGAGAAGAUAUAUUUACACGGAAGGAGAAUGUAUUUACAAGGAAAGAAGAUGUAUUUACAAAGAAAGAAGAUGUAUUUACAAAGAAAGAAAAAGAGAACUUAUUUACAAAGGAGGAGGACUUAUCUACAAAUGAGGAUAAUUUAUUUAAAGAAACCCCAAAGCCCCAAAGACCUUCACCUGGUCGACCUUCACCUGGCCGACCCAUCGAGAUGAGGACGGAUGAUCCUCAAUACUGUAGACAAUGGCCAACCACCGGUGAGUCUUGGUCACCUGCAAGUAAAAAGAGGAAAGUGAGCUUUGCCUUUGGAGAUAAUAGAGAAAUUGAAAGUCUUCCAUCGACUAGUAAAGACACCCUAUCUACAGAACCCGUUCCUAUGGAGACUGAGACAAGACCUACCGUGAAGAAAGGAAUUAAACUGAAAGGCAACGUACAGAUAAUUCCUCCUGGCGGUCCACGAUUACCAUGGCCGGAGUCAUACGCCAAGGUUCUUCAGAAAUACAAAUCACCUAUGGACAGUGAUAAAUUGAGGCCUCAACUUCCUGGCCAGGCGCCUCAACCUCAGGAAUGGUUUACAAUUGGUAAGAAAGGUAAACCUGUUCGAACAGAGACACAGCAGAAAACAAAGAAGAUCCUUAGGGAAAAGAAGAGAAUCCCUAAGACAGCAACAAUUAGCAUCAAGGGAUGCAAAGAAGAAUUCUCCUAUGCUGAGGCUCUACAGAAAGUACGGGCAAAUAUAUCUCUAAAGGACUUAGACAUACAAAAUCCUAGAAUUCGAAAAGGUAUCAGUGGUAUAACCAUCAUUGAGAUAUCUGGACCAGAAAAUGAGGAGAAAGCUAAUCGCCUGGCAAAUGAGAUGCAGAAAAUGUUAGCCAGAGAAGCUUUGAUCUCCAGACCUUGCAUCAAGGGCGAACUCAAACUUUCUGGAUUGGACGAGUCUAUUACUACUGAUGAGAUUCGCAGGACGGUUGCCUUGAAGGAUCUUGUGAAGAGAGCACAAUUAAAUUGGGUAAAAUAG